UUCACUUUCUCAAGUUGGAGGAACAGAAAGUUCGUGGAAACUUUUGAGGAAAAGGGAAGUUGACCCACAAGCUACUUUUGUGCUCCAAAUAGGCAGUUACAGACCAGCCCACGGAUUACUUGAGCAUGUCUGGAGAACCAGCAGAGCUUAGUGAACUUGGAGGCGAUCCUAGCACAGAUGAGGUGAAAUUAAAUCCUGACGCAGAGAGGAUGGAGGACCACGUCGACGCCAAACCUGACCGCAGUCCAAGAUUUCGUCUGUUCAGCAAAAAAAAUAAGGAUGGCCAGACGCGGGAGCAGGACUACUCUUCUAAAAGCCAUUCCAGAAUUGUUUUCCCAACAUUCCAGUAUAAGAUGAGCUACCGGCGAGUGGGGAAGUGCAUCAUCAUCAACAACAAAAACUUUGAUGAAAACACAGGGAUGAAUGUUCGCAAUGGGACGGACCGGGACGCAGGUGAGCUGUUUAAGUGCUUCAGGAGCCUGGGCUUUGAAGUCGUUGUUUAUAACGACCAGACAUGUGAGAAGAUGGAGCAUCUUCUCACACAAGCCUCAGAGGAAGACCACAGCGACAGCUCGUGUUUCGCUUGUAUUUUGCUGAGUCAUGGUGAGGAAGGCAUGAUCUACGGCACAGACGCAGCCAUGCCCAUCAAGACCAUCACCUCGCUGUUCAGGGGCGACAGGUGCAAAAGCUUAGUCGGAAAGCCAAAACUCUUCUUCAUCCAGGCUUGUCGAGGUUCUGAAUUUGAUGAAGGUGUCCAGACAGAUUCAGGUCCACCAAACGACACCCUGGAAACCGAUGCUAAUCCAAGACAUAAAAUCCCUGUUGAGGCAGAUUUUCUGUUUGCAUACUCCACUGUGCCAGGAUAUUACUCAUGGAGGAACCCGGGCCGCGGAUCCUGGUUUGUCCAGGCACUCUGUAGCGUCCUGAGCGAGUUCGGCAAGCAGCUGGAGAUAAUGCAGAUCCUAACGCGGGUCAACUACAUGGUGGCCACCCAUUUCGAGUCUUGGUCGGAGGACCCGCGUUUCAGUGAGAAGAAACAGAUUCCCUGUGUGGUCUCCAUGCUGACCAAAGAACUGUACUUCAACUGAUAUCCUGCCUGUACUGUAAGACAGAGACUCACAGACUGACCAGACUGACUCGACCGGCUGUUUCAGGCAAUGAGCAAGCAGUCGAAGCAUUCAGGGAUGAUUCAGGCCCAACAGGACCCAGCGCAUUUAGAGCAUGCCACUUUGUCUAUGUGUGAAGUUGGGCCUGACGACAAGCACUCUGUGAAAUCAAAAAUAAUACUCUGAGUUCAUGUGUUUACAGUAAAACCUCCUCUUCAGGCUACCCCCUUGAAAUACUAGUCACAUUUAAGCCGAUUGUUGUCGACAGACAUUGUGAAUUAUAUAUGUAUGAUCUACUGACCCAUAAAAUUAGCUGCCAGUUUUUAUGGGACGGUGGCAUCAUAUCCGAAUAUGUGUUUCUUUAUUUUACAAAACUUAUUUGUCUAGACAAAUAAUUUUUUUUUUUAGCUAAUUAGCCCACCUAAAGAAUUACAAAAACAAGUACUACUCUUGUGGAUCUGUUUGUAGCUAACAUUAGCAUUAGCAUGCAGACACAAAAAGACUUUCAAACUGUUAAAAACAGACAUUUAAAUACACUUCACUAAAACAUGCACAGCAUUAGUGUUUCACACUUCUAGUUUAAAGCUUUUAUGACUAAUUAAAGCUUUAAUUAAGCAUAAUUUAGCAUGGAUUAAUCAUAAUUAACCUGUUUUGCAUUAAUUAUGAUGAAUAAAAUACUAAAACUUUCAAGCAUGUUUCUACAACCCCUCCGAUUGUUUUAUUGACCUUUAAUUAACUCUACAGUGUAACUGAAUGUUGUGAUUUAUUAGACAGUAACUGAGGAUUUUAAAUCUCUACUGAUGGUAAAUUUAUUAAAUUGCUAUAUACUCUUGUAUAGAUCAAAGAUUAAGGUGUACAUCUUAACACUGAAAUACAUUGAUGGAUAUAUUUAUGGUUAAAAUGACAGGAAAUGAGAUCUUUAGGAUUGUUCUCCCAUCAUAAUCAAUGUUUUUAUUUCUAAAGAUGGUUGAAAAAUCUAGUUUUUGCUGUUCUUCUGGUUUCUUAUUUAUUUUAAUUUAAAUUUCAGCUUUGAAUUUGUACAACAGAAAGAAUAUAAUAGUAGAAAAUUGUUUUUGUUAAAUAUUAUUUAGCUCUAAACUACGUGCACUACUCUUUCAGUUGUGUUACAUUUAUAGCUUUUUUUUCUGUAGAACACAAUUCAUCUUUUUUGACAAAAAUAAACAAAAUAAUCUUUUAAAAGUUGGAUGGUUUAUAAUGCACAUGUAAAGUGUAUUAGUAAUUUUGCUCCAAAGGUCAAAUAGGUUUUGCAAAAUGUUAUUUUGCAGGAGGGAGUGCAGAAAUAGCUGUUUUGCUAUGCUAACAUUAGCAUGUGCUCUUUGUUUUGAUAUAACUUGUUGAUAAUUUGACAUGCAGCGUAUUUCAAUCUUGUCCCAGUUAAUGUUGUCCAGACAAAAUUUACAUUAGAAGUUGUACUUCUUUGUAAGCUUUUGCUUUAGACGUCAUAAAAGGUUUUUUAUUAUUUAGAUUUUUUAAUUCAGUAAUUAGUGCACACGCAGAACAAACAUUAAAGAGCAGCAAAUUAGUGCACAAUAACAAUUUACAACUACAGAAAUAAAAUAAACAAAUAGAACAACACAACCCCCCCAAAACAGAACAAAAAAAAUGGUGUACAGUAAGAUGGAUACAUUCAGAAAGUCGUAAAGGUUAAUGUCUAGUGUUUCAGCUGCUCUCUAAAGAGCUCUAAUACACAGCAAUAUUUUUUAACAGGUCAUACUAUACAGCAUCGUUACAAUGGUUGAAAAACACUUUGAGUCUUGAAAGCUGCAGUAUGUAACUUUUAUUAAAAAAUAUAUAGUUUUUACAUAUUUUGUAAGAUUAUAAUAAUGUUGUGAUUGUAAAAUUUGAGACAAUCUAGUUCCUCAACUUUCUCCCAGUGCUCCCAGUACUAGCUGUAGAAAUAUACCACUCAGUCAGAAACAACCAAUCAGAGCCAGGAGGAGGGUUUUAGCGCUGUCAAUCACUCUCAUGUUCCCCCCCUCCCAGCUACUGCUGGUUCACCACAACACAGUCUGCCACAAAUGCUAAUGCUUGCUAGCAUAGCCACCAAUAAUGGCGGAUGAGCAUUUUUUUUCUGUAAUCGUAAGUUGUUUCUCUGCCAUUAGUACAUUUA